AGUUGUACUGGGCUGUCUUCAAUUAGAUCUUGCCCUGAUAACACUAGAACCGCCAAAGCCAUUUGAUAAUGCCACUGAAGCUGAAUAUAAUAGAUGGGUUGCAUGGUUUAGAUCAAAUGAUACAUGCCUGAAAGUCAUUAAAUAUUCAAUUUCUGAAUCGAUGAAGGGUGUCAUGCCUGAAACAGAUAAGGCUAAAGUUUUCCUGACUGAAAUGGGAAAACGAUUCAAGAAAUCUGAUAAAUCUGAAGUGGGCAUUCUUUUGAAUAAAUUGACUCGCUCGUCCUACGAUGGAAAAGGCAACAUCCGUGAAUACAUUGUAGAGCAGAUCGAAGUUGUUUCUAAGAUCCGUGCUCUAGGGCUUGUACUCACUGAUGAUCAACUGGUUCAUUUGAUCAUGAACAACCUACCUCUCCAAUUCGGCACGUUCCUGGUAAACUAUAACACUCUGAAGGACAUGUGGACAUUGGAUGAACUCAUCACUCAGUGCGUCCAAGAAGAAGACAGGAUUAGACAGAUGGUAAAAGUUCAAAAUGUUAAUAUGGUGACUUCAGGACAAGGGCAUGGGCAAGGGAAUAAAGGUAAAAGGAAGAGGAAACAAGGUUCUAAUAAUGGAUUCUCUGGUCCUCCAUCUGGAAACCAUGAGAAUCAAUCUGGAAAUGGAUCUAAACGCAAACGGGUUAAAGGCAAACCGUGCUUCUUUUGUAAAAAGACGAGUCAUCUAAAGAAAGACUGCGAAGGUUUUAAGGAUUGGCUCAUAAAGAAAGGAAUUACUACAGGCCAGGCCACCAACUGAUGCGGAGCGCUCAGUAUACGUAGGCAAUGGUGUCAAAGUUGACGUGGAGGCAAUAGGAGUCUAUAGGCUUAAGUUGAAGUCUGGUCAUUUUUUG